CUUCGUCUCCUUCUUGAGGCCAUUUCUUCGGGUUCAGUCGUUGGACGCUGUUUCCUUGAUCGACAUUGAACGUGUGAUAUCAUCUUGACCCAAUGACUUCAAUGAUUAUUCAUACUUGAACUACCAACCUCCAACCAAGUGAUCGCCAACUGUGUUUGAAGCGGGCAAAAAUAUUAUAAUAUCAAACUUGACAGCAUUGCUAAGUGAAUGGCAAUGUUUUAUCGGAAACAGUGAGCUGAUUUGAAUAUUUUACCAAGUCCAAAUCCUGAUCUCAAUUCUGACAUCUGAUUCGGAUCGGAUCAAUCAAUCAGCCAUAUUAUGGCCAAUUUUAAGUGCUAACAUCUUCGUUACUUCAGCCGGUCAAAUGUCUUUGGUCCAUUUGUUGUAAAGCAUGACUUAAUGGACUGGCAGAAAUAGGCUCUAGUAUCCGCCAUUUCAUGUGUGUGUGCGCAUGACCUCCGGACUCUAGCUUUGAUUUGGGUGCUUCUCAACUGAAGCAGAGCUCCAAUCAGGAUGUCGCGAAGAAAACAAGCCAAACCGAUUCGUCAUCUUGAGGAUGGAACGCCCAUAUCAGCCAACGGUGAGGACGGAGUGCCUGCGAGUGGAUCUUUGGACGCUAUUGGAGACGACAUCAACACCACGGGAGAAGUAGGUUCCUCUGAUCUUGAGCGAAGUGAUUCCAUUGGUGACGGAGAUGGAUCGGGAACUGGCAAUGGAGUCCUGGAUCGAGAAGAUCGAGCCAAUGACGAUCUUGACGGGAACAAGCCCCAAAACCUUUUCAUUAAGCGCACAGUUAGUGAAGAUUUUGCCAACAACAAUAACGGCACUCGAAGGCUGUCCAGUGAGGACAACGACGUAGAGGAGGACAUGGAUACAUCUAAUCGGGGACAAUUCGGAAGGGACGUGGAUGAUCCGGAUGAUGAGUCAAACAGCAAGAUGGAUUAUCCGUCGCUUCUGAACAUGAAUUCCAUAUCCAAGAUCCCCUCAAUGUUGCCGUUUAGCAAUUCGUCUAAACUGGAAAGUUCCUCCGUGACCGAGCAUCUGAAAGAGCAGCUUCAAACCAUAAGUAUGACGAUCUCCCAACUUUCUUCCACCAUGACCAACAAUUCCAGUCCAAAGAAUGUGCAAGAACUAGCUGUUCUGCAAGCCACACUAUUCAGCCUACAACAACAACAACUACUACAGAUGCAAAUCCUCUCCCAAAUUCAACAACAGCAAUCAGAUCGCCAGGAUUCACCACCAAGUAGCAUGCCAAGUAUCGCAGAAUUGGCCAAGAAGAUGGAAAGACAAAACUCCUUGGAUCAGGAAAGGCCCAAAGAGUUGAGUGCAUUAUCAUCCCUCUCCUCGAGUAUGCCUCUACCUCCAAGUAUGCCGGCCAAAUCGAACGUCCUGACCGGCAGUGGCAUCACGCCCACGACCACCCAAAGCUCGGGAUGUUCGAAAAAUGCCAAAAGCAUGCAUCACACUUCGGCAUCGAUUAGUUCUCAAGUUCUGGACCCUAAUGCGCCUCCACCAUCGCUAGCUUCAUCUAUUAUAAUGCAUGGCGAUUCCCCGGACGACGAUAAACCAGCCGUGAACUCCUUGGAAUUGCUUCAAAAACGGGCCCAGGGCAUUCUCAACAACGCCAGCCAGGGCCUAUUGGCCAACAAUUUGGCCGACUUUAGUGUGAAUAGGGAUAAGGAGUUUGAUAAAAAGGAGCCGUUCUUCAAACACCGUUGUCGGUAUUGUGGCAAGGUGUUUGGCUCUGACUCGGCGUUGCAAAUUCACGUUCGUAGCCACACCGGGGAGAGGCCAUACAAGUGUAAUAUUUGCGGCAAUCGCUUCACCACCAAGGGCAACCUGAAAGUUCAUUUCCAAAGACAUUCCUCCAAGUUCCCGCACAUCAAGAUGAAUCCUAAUCUGGUCCCAGAACACUUGGACAAGUUCUAUCCUCCACUUCUCCAGCAAAUUGAAGAUGCGGAAAAGAAAGGGCUGCCCAUCCCUAAUGUGAACAACCCCAUGGCUGGAAUGACGCCAAUCAUUCCCCCUGGCAUGACACUUCCCGCUUUGCCCAACAGCAUCCCAGGAUACCCAAGCUUUAGCCCUCCUCCACCUGGAUUGAGUGGAUCAUCCAAUGGAAUGCCUAGAUUUCCAAUGCCCACUUCAACCGCCGCUGCAGCCGCAGCAGCGGCAGCGUCAGUCUCACUAUCGCUACCUGCUCCCAAUUUGCCUACGGAGCCGUUGAAGCGGGAAGAUGUACCGGAGAAUCUGGCCCGGUCCACCCCUCGAUCCCGCUCAAUUUCCCCCAUCUCUUCACGAGCCGAAUCUCGUCGUAGCCCAAGACCAAUGGGUCUUGAAGAUCUCAAGGAGGCCAUUGCUUUGAAUCGUGCCCGUGUUCAUCAUGAACGGAGUAUCAGCCCGCACGAAGAGAAGCCCAGCCCUGAGGACAUGGAUGAUCAAGAGGAGCCUGAAAACCUUACCAAAGCCCGCACCCGAUCUGUCUCACCACCCAGGAUGGACCACAGCCCUAGUUUUCCUCAUGACCGACAUGCCGAUAGCUCUCCAGCUAACAUCAUGCCAUACAAAACCUCACCCUCUUUACCCAUGUCAACAGCUUCUAGUAUUAUUCCACUCCCCAAUGGUCCCAUCAUUCUGCCGCCCUCGGUAGAUCCGGCCAAAGAUCCAAACGUGUAUACAAAUCUUUUGCCUCGCCCUGGAAGUAACGACAACGCGUGGGAGAGCCUCAUUGAAGUGGCCAAAACCAGCGAAACCAGCAAGUUAGAACAAUUGGUCAACAACAUUGAGCAUAAACUGAGUGAUCCAAACGAAUGUGUGAUUUGCCACCGGGUUCUCUCUUGCAAGUCAGCACUGCAGAUGCAUUAUAGAACCCAUACAGGAGAGAGGCCAUUCAAGUGUCGCAUUUGUGGGCGUGCCUUCACCACGAAAGGCAACUUGAAAACUCACAUGGGAGUGCACCGCGCCAAGCCACCCAUGCGCAUGUUCCAUCAAUGCCCGGUGUGCCAUAAGAAGUACGCAAACGCCUUAGUUCUACAACAACACAUCAAGACCCACACUGGUGAGCCCACUGAACUGACCGCAGAGCAGAUUGCGGCUGCAGAAAUUAGAGAUUUCCCUCCCUUACCAUUUGCCCCUGGCUCGUUCCCAGGCCUUGGAUCUUUGCGAUUGCACGGUUCUGGGCUUUUUCCCAACUUGCCACACGGCCAGUUCCCUCUUGGACCAUUUGGCAGUGAGUCUCAAAGUCCAGAUAUCAUGGAUAAGGACGACAUUGCCAGUGGGGAAGAGAGAGAGAACUCACGACCGUCAUCCGUGUCUUCCACGUCAAGCUCGAACAUGAAAGGCCAACAUAUACCCACCUCCAUUCCCCUCUCGUUGUCGAUUGACUCCAUGGUGAAAAUGUCCGAUCAUAGACCGUUUAGUUUAGUCAGACCCUUUCUGAUGGACAAGCAGUCUCCCGGUGGACCUGAGGAUUUAUCAUCACCCGGUCGGAAAGGUGAGCAAGGCAAUGGCACUCCAGAGGACAUGGAAGAAGAACCCUGCAGUUCGCCGGCCACACUUCCAAGAUGCAGCCCCGGGGAUCGCAAUUCCAGCCCAAAGAGCGAACCUCGGGAUGAAAAGCGUUCCCGAGAUCAUGAGAAAGAAAUGCGGUCUAGACGCGAAGAGGAACAACAACAGAGAACGCCCACUAUGCCAAAGUCUUUGGCAGACAUCCGGUCUUCUUUUCCCAUGGACCUCACACCCAACAGCACGGCCGCUCUCUUUGCUGGGUUUCCACAUGGUCUUAUCCCUCAGAGUGCAAUCUUUGCCAAUCCCCUUCUCAGUUCUGCUCCUACAUCUGCCUUAACUCAGCUGACAGCUGCCUCGGCAGCCUUUGGAUCACCCGCCUUCAACCCACUGGGUUUACCGUUCCCUAACAUCCCAGGAGGUGUGAGACCCCGAGGCAAUACCACUUGUCAAAUAUGCUUCAAGGUGUUUGCAUGCCAUUCGGCUCUAGAGAUCCAUAUCAGAUCUCAUACCAAGGAGAGACCCUUUAAGUGCCACGUCUGUGACAGGGGAUUUUCGACCAAGGGCAAUAUGAAGCAACACGCUUUAACCCAUAAAACCAACAAGGAUGGCGAAAUUCUCAAUGUGUCCAGUCCCAUGUCUGAAAAUAGCCGUUCGGAUAGUCAGGACGACCGUUCCAAUGAUGCCAUGAGCAGCUCGGACAGAUCAGAACAGCAUCAGCAGCAGAUGCAGAUGCAUCCACAGCAGCAGCUGAAGCCCCUAAAGCGGUCUCCCCCUGAAGGAGCGGAAAAUGUUAUGCCUCUUCCCAAGAGGUCUCAUGGUCCUCCCAGUAACUCAUCCCUCGGCCCUAACAGUUCGAGCUCUCCUCCCAAUUCUCCCUACCCUUCCUCUUCCCCUAACCACGGCCUUUCUUCAAGUUCUCUGACCACUCCAACCAAUUCUAACUCGACUUCUACUUCUACUACUUCUGCCUCUUCUAACAAGCACAAUUGUCAAGUGUGCAAGAAACCCUUUUCCUCGGGGUCAGCAUUGCAAAUUCAUAUGAGGACGCACACAGGGGAUAGGCCAUUUAAAUGCUCUGUGUGUGGAAAAGCUUUUACCACGAAGGGCAAUCUCAAGGUUCACAUGGGUACUCACAUGUGGAGCAACAGCAAUCAGACUUCUCGCCGAGGUCGGAGGAUGUCCCUCGAGAUGUCCCACCCACCCAUUCCGAUGAAUGCAAAGGACUCCGAGUUCCUCCACAGACGACGGCCCGAGCUAUUCUUCCCCCCUCCAUUCCUACCCACUCAAUUUGAUACCAACGGGAUCUUGCCACCUUCGACCCAAGCCCUUCAGAGGUCGUUGCUGGCCGAGUUCCAUAAUCACCACCAAAAUGGAACUUCAGAAGACACAAGUGAGGUGUCCCGUUCCUUGGCAGCCCAGCCCCUUCCUCCGAGCGUGCGGUCAAUGAGCCACAACCAUGUGGAUGAUGAAAGUAGUCCAGAGCCGAUAAGAAUCCGAUCUCCACAUUCUUUGCACCUUUCACCUAAACGGAAAGCUUCACCGUCAACGAGUCAACAAGACCCUUCGGAAGAAAAUGGGGACCGCCGUUAUAGCCAUGAGCCAUGGAAUUGGAAACUUUCCAAAGGUGAUCGAGAGGGAAGAAGGCUGAUAAUGCCGACCAAGUCUGAUUCCAAAUUGAGUGAUCGGACCAACAGCCAAGACGAGCCUGGUGUGGCUGAGGACCUAGUGACAGCUCCCGCUAAAGAAGAUGACAAUGACGAGGAAUUGGAGGAGGAAGGUUUGGAGGAGGAGGAAGAAGAGGAAGAGGAUGAGGAAGAGGACUCCAAAGAUGUCUCGCCCUGUCCCAAAUCGCCUCUCCCUUCGGUGCCCGAAAAGAUUCACACUAGUCCCCCGACUGCGACCGAAAUAUGUUAGCGCCACUUUAUGAGUCGUCGCCCAUGCAAUCAUUCUGCAUAAUACAGCACCUCACAAACUUGCAGUGAAUGAAAAUGGUUCAGAGUGCAAUAUCAACAAAUUUGCUUCCAAUUGAUUCAAUCACAGCUCGAGUGAUCCUGUCGGAAAAGAGAGCAGCCAGUCUGUUUCGAGGCUAAGCGAGCAAAUCAAUGAGUCAAUCGGCCUUAGUUCGCCCUUGUUCAUCCUUCAAGAGCAAGGAUCAUAAUGAUACACGUAGGAUUUACUGUACUCUUAUCUCCAAAGGGAAGACCCCCAAUGACGCCAGAGAGCCACUGAGGAUAAAUUAUAAAAGAUGCUUAUGAACGCUGAUCUCAAUUGUUAAGAUGAUUGUUUGUUUUUCACUCCGCGAUUCAAACAGACCCUGGACUCUUCCAAUUGGUCCUGUUUUAUUCGUCAUCACCAUCAUCCCACUCCUUAUCCUACGGAUUCUUUGCUAAUGUACUAAACAUAAUCAUCGCACAGAUAAAAAUGGAAAAAUUGUACAAAUUUUAGGUUCGAUAAACGCUUGGACAAUGGUAAGGGUACUGAUACAAAUAAUAGGAAUCGUGAUUGCUAUUUUUCUUGUUCUCCACCUCCAAACCAUUCACAUUUGGACGACCGUUUGAAUGGCCUUCUUGCAAGUUUAGCUCUUUUCCCACCCUUUAUCCUCCUAAAGAUUACAUACAACCAGGUAAAACCUUGAUUUUCUUGACAUACGCGCCAACAAUACCUUCGAAAGCUAAGCGCGGUUAUUGAUGCCCGCUGAAAGAUAAGUCAUAUGACGUCUUAUUCUUCAAAAUGGUUGAAAAUGCGUAGCCAUUCCUUGUGAGAUCCAUGUGACGUUUUCGUACUCUCAUCACCCGCAACUAUCACCACCAUUUGUACUAUUGUAUCGGUAAACCCAAGGAUGAUAGUCAGCUAUUACUAUCGUCAUUUAAGGUGUGACAUUUUAUGAUAGAAAUGCCUAACUGUAUACUCGAGAUUAAAUCUAGUUCUGAAUAAUGUAAAACGCACAAUUCCGUCACCCUUCUUUUGAAUGUUUUGAAAGCUGUCAAGGCUGGGGCUGAUGCUUUAGCGAGUGUGAACAGGGUGUCCAGUUUCUGUAUCGCUCCAGGCUCUCAACAAAUCUAAUAUAUUCAUUCAAGCUUGUCCCCCUACACCAAUUGCCGCUGAGAACCCCACCGUCAACCCAAAAGCCAUUUUCAAAACCAUUUUCGUUUCAUACCCCAAAGAGUUUUUGGAACUUUUGAUUUUGAUUCCAGAAUGUGAAUAAACGGAAUGAAAUUAAAUUCUCUGACCUUCCAUUAGAAUUUGGCUUUCCCAACUCCCUUAACCCUAUUAGGAAAUAAAUAUAUGUAUACUUGUCGUGAAUUGUGGAUGCUGAGGGGAUUAACUAGUUAUGUUGAUCUUGAACACUCAAACUGGAGAUAAAAAAAGCAAACCAUUGGACUCAUCUUUUCCACUCCCAAGCAUUCCUCUCUGAGAAGCAAAUUUACCCCAAUAUGCACUCUUUGUGUACCCGCCCAGAUUAAGCUUUUACGUACUUCUGGGUCCUGUACGGCCUUGUCCCGCCCACUUUCUAUAGAUGCCCUUGAUCUUCCUUCUCAUCUCUCUCUCAACCCCUGAUCGAUUGAUUGUAUGUCGUUUUGCCCGCGUUUCAUUUGGAUGAAUAUUGUCUAUUGAACGAGCCAGGCCAGCCACGACUUGAACGACCUCACGUUCAACAACAAUGAUUACUACAACUAUUGCUGAUGCUGCUGAUGCUAUUACUCCUAUUACUACUUGGUGCAUAUCUGUUGACUCAUUUUAAACGUCAUUUUUGGAACAACCAUUUCACGAGCGUCCAUCUUUGGAAUCGAAAUAUAUUUCUGUUUUUGUUGUAAACACAAA